CCCUUGUCUCCCUGACCCCCUACCGAUGUGGACAGCAUCCGACUAACCGCCACGUUCCUUCGUCUCUCAAGGCAACGUGCACGUGGACGACGCGUACCUAGGCAUGCCGUCGGACCCUGCCAUGCCGCCCUCCCUCUCCCUGGACUCCCUCGUGCCCCCUUACUCGGCCCUCGCCCGCGCCAGCCAGGGGGGAGCAGCGCCGCCGGAGAGGAGGACGCCGACGAUCGUGCAGCUUAACCACCCUAUCAUUUAAUUCAUAGAUGGUAUGGGGCAAUGACGGCCCUGACGCCCAAGAGGAAGAGUCGGACCGCACCAAGGCGCGCGAGGCCUUCUUCCUCGAGUUUGCCAAGGUCAUCCGGAAAGAGUUCCCGGGUGUCCCGCUCAUGGUCACCGGCGGGUUCAGCAGUAGAGUGGGGAUGGAGAAGGCGGUGGCCGAGGGAGACUGCGACCUGAUCGGUCUCGCGAGACCGGCAGCGCUCAACCCGUCCCUGCCCAACAAUAUCGUCUUCAACCCCGAAGUGAACGACCAGGACGCCACGCUGUACCGGAAGGAGAACAAGGCGCCGUGGCUCUUCAACUUUAUCGGGAUGCCCGCCGUCGGGGCGGCAUGGACACCGUAAGGUUGCCCCGGAUCUCGCAUAAUUAGAAAUCAUCAGCACUGACA